UUUAUUUUUUCAGUGUAUUAACCAUAGUUAUUCAGUAUGUAUUGUCCUGUGAUAGUAGUCUCUGGGAUCUUUUCCUUAUUGUUUUGAUAAAGGUUUGAAGGCUCAUGGAGAAUUUAAGAAUCUGUGUUAUUAAUAUACUUAUAACUAGUAUACAGUCUGCUAUUGGCAAAUAGAUGCUGUAUAUUUAUAUAUAUUACAGAUGUUCUUAUGUUAGCAAGAGGAUUUGAUUGUGACAUAAUACAGAAAAUUCUUUGAAUUUUCAACUUUGUUGAAUGAAUGGAUUGAUGACUGCACAAUUACAGAAUAUUUUACUAGGAUUCUCAUUCCAUCGUGAUGCAUUAAGAGAAUACACCAGCUUUCUAUAUGGUAAAAAUGAACAGAAUAAUUUCCUUUACAUUCUUUUCAUACUUUGUUAAGCAGGAAUCCCUGACAUUUGAUGAUGUGUCUGUGAAGUUCACCUGGGAGGAGUGGCAGCUCCUGGGCCCUGCUCAAAAAGACCUGUACCGGAACAUAAUGUUGGAGAACUACAGCAACCUGGUGUCAGUGGGGUAUCAGGCCAGCAAAUCAGAUACACUCUCCAAGUUGGAAGGAGGAGAACUGUGGAUUACAGAAGAUGAAAUCCACAGGCAGAUUUGUUUUGAAAUCAGAAACAUUGAUAAUCCUCUGCAGGAUCACAGUAUUCAGAAGAGAGGCCAUUUCCUGUUAAAGCAAAAUUGUGUUAUGUUUGACUUCCAUGAGAAACCUUUGAAAUUGAAUUUUAGUUCUGAAAACUGGAAUAGAAGCUGUGACCUAAAGAACUCUGCUGAGUUUAAUGGAGAUGGGAAAUGCCUUUUCCAUCCUGUUCAUGAACAAUUUUAUUCUGAAAUUAAGUUCCCGGUAAGUACAAAACCCAUCAAAAAUGAAUCCCAAGUCAUUAAGGAACAGAGAACUCCCAACAUAGAGAAAGCCUAUGUAUGUGGAGAAUGUGGGAAAGGCUUCAUCAAGUUUUCUCAGUUCACUGAUCAUCAGAGAGUUCAUACUAGAGAAAAACCUCAUGGAUGCUUUAUGUGUGGGAAAGCAUUCUCUAGAAAAUCCAGGCUAAUGGAACAUCAGAGGACUCAUUCAGGACUGAAACAUUAUGAAUGCACUAAAUGUGACAAAACCUUCCUCAAGAAAUCACAAUUCAAUAUACAUCAGAAAACUCAUAUGGGAGAGAAACCUUAUACAUGUAGUGAAUGUGGGAAAGCCUUCAUCAAAAAGUGUCGGCUUAUUUAUCAUCAGCGAACUCACACAGGAGAGAAACCCCAUGGAUGUAAUGUAUGUGAGAAGGCCUUCUCUACAAAGUUCAGUCUCAUUACACAUCAGAAAACUCAUACAGGAGAGAAACCUUAUAUAUGUAAUGAAUGUGGUAAAGGCUUUAUCGAGAAGAGGCGUCUUACUGCACAUCAUCGAACUCAUACAGGUGAAAAACCCUUUGUAUGCAAUAAAUGUGGGAAAGGUUUCACCUUGAAGAACAGUCUUAUCACACAUCAGCAAACUCAUACAGAGGAGAAAUUAUAUACAUGUAGUGAAUGUGGAAAAGGCUUUUCAGUGAAGCACUGUCUUAUUGUACAUCAACGAACUCACACUGGAGAGAAACCCUAUAUAUGCAACGAAUGUGGAAAAGCCUUCACUUUAAAGAGCCCUCUCAUCAGACAUCAGCGAACACAUACAGGAGAGAAACCCUAUGUAUGCACUGAAUGUCGAAAAGGCUUCACCAUGAAGAGUGAUCUCAUUGUACACCAGCGAACUCAUACUGCAGAGAAGCCGUAUAUAUGCAAUGAUUGUGGAAAAGGCUUCACUGUGAAGAGCCGCCUGAUUGUACACCAACGAACUCACACAGGAGAGAAACCCUAUGUAUGUAGUGAAUGUGGAAAAGGCUUUCCAGCAAAGAUCCGGCUAAUUGGACAUCAACGAACUCAUACAGGAGAGAAACCUUACAUAUGCAGUGAGUGUGGAAAAGGUUUCACCGAGAAGAGUCAUCUCAAUGUACAUCGCCGCACUCAUACGGGAGAGAAACCCUAUGUAUGCAGUGAAUGUGGCAAAGGCUUAACUGGGAAAAGCAUGCUCAUUGCACAUUUGCGAACUCACACUGGGGAAAAGCCAUAUAUAUGCAGUGAAUGUGGAAAGGGCUUCACCAUGAAGAGUACUCUCAGAAUACAUCAGCAAACUCAUACUGAACAGAAACCAUAUAAAUGCAACGAAUGUGGUAAAACUUUCAGGAAGAAGACAUGUUUCAUACAACAUCAGCGAUUCCACACAGGAAAGACUUCCUUUGAAUGUACUGAGUGUGGAAAAUUAUCUUUGCGCAAAAAUGAUCUCAUUACACAUCAGAGAAUUCACACAGGAGAGAAACCAUAUGAAUGUAGUGAGUGUGGGAAAGCCUUUACUACAAAGUCUGGGCUCAAUGUUCAUCAGAGAAAACAUACAGGAGAGAGGCCCUAUGAUUGCAGUGAUUGUGGGAAAGCUUUUGCCCAUUUAUCUAUCCUUGUUAAACACAAGAGAAUUCAUAGGUAGUCAUUUUGGGAAAACUGUGCCAGUUGGGUCCUCAAGAUAAUACAGUAUUUUUGAAGAAUAUCUUAAUGAUUGCAGGGUAUGUAUGUAGUCAUCUAUUUGUGAUAAAAAAAGAAAAUACACAUACACAAGCACACAAGACAUGUACAGGCUGGGUGCAGUGGCUCAUACCUGUAAUCCCAGCACUUUGGGAGGGCGAGGCAGGUGGAUUGCUUGAGCUCAUGAGUUUGAGACCAGCCUGAGCAAACACGAAACUCUAUCUCUACUAAAAAUAGAAUAACUGAGGCAAGAGGAUCACUUGAGUCCAAGAGUUGGAGGUUGCUGUGAGCUAUGACACCACCGCACUCUACCCAGGGCAAUAGCUGGAGACUCUGUCUCAAGAAAAAAAAAAAAAGAAGACAUGUACAAAACAACUCCAAUACAAUCAGUUUUGUUUUGUUUUAUUUUUUGAGACAGAAUCUGUCACCCUGGGUAGAGUGCCAUGGUAUUAUAGCUCACAGCAACCUCAACCUCCUGGAAUUAAGCUAUCCUUUUGCCCCAGCCUCCCAAGUAGCUGUGAUUACAGGCACCUGUCACAACACCCAGCUAGAUUUUCUAUUUUUGGUAGAGAUGGGGUCUCGCUCUUGCUCAAGCUGGUCUCAAACUCCUGAACCAAGCAAUCCACACUCCUCAGCCUCUCAGAAUGUGAGGAUUACUGGCAUGAGCCAUGGCACCUGGUGUACAAUCAGUUUUCAUGAAGUAUUUUGGGACAUUAUGUUGAAAAAGUGUAUAUUGAGAAAAAUUUUAGGAAUAUGGCUGAAUAGGAAAGCCUCAGGUGGGAAGACAGACCCUGUCAUAAGUGAUCAUGAUGGAUCAUCAAGGAACUACUAAUAGUAGAAAUGUUAAUAAUUAUGGGAAAGUCUUUGUCCAGAAAUAAGACCAAGAGAGUUCAUAAUAGAGAAAUAUUUUGCUAUGGGAAUAUACGUGGGGAAAUUACAGAUUGGGGACCCUGAGCCUCCCAAGAGAAAAAUGUCCAAAAGCAAAAUAAAGUUUAGGAAUUUAACUGAGUAAAGAAACAGCUUGGCUUUAAUAUUUCAAUUAGUUUUUAAUAAAAGUACUUUUGCUGACUAAUGACAAGUCUGUGCAAUUCUUGCACAAAACAGGUUUUGAGGAGGGAAACAGCAAUCGCAGCUUACUUACUUAAAGGUUAAAUGGCCCAAGCACACUGGAAUGCAAAUGGCCGCAUGCACAUGCAGCAUGCAUGGCAAGGCCUGGCAGGUAAUCUGCCAGGUAAUCGAUCAAGCCUGCAGGUUGCAUCUCUCCCUAUAAAGGGAGAUAAGCCUCCUGCCCUGAAGAGGGUUGGAAUGCAGAAACCCUAUGAGAGAGGUGGGUGUUGCAAAAGUCACUGGGAACAGUGAGUCAACCAAAACCCACACAGAGGGAGGACUUCUUUCUCUCCCAGCUUCCAAUGUGGUCAUUGCCCCACAGUGGAACAAGGGGUCUACCAUCCCCUUUAGACUCCUGAAGGGUGAGACAAACUAAGCAGAUGUGGGCAUAUCCCAUUUGCCUUAAGGUUAUAUUCCUAGUUUCUCUUGAAUGCGCCGGCUAAGUAUAGUUAACUAUCAAUUAAGGAAGAGGAGAUGAUGGAAAAAAAGCAUAUGUGUUCAUACAAUUGCUAAUCAAUGACACAAACAGCCCACAGGCUGAUCUUUGCUUAGUUCUCCCUUAGCUAGACCACCCACCUAAAAUUGCAGUAGAGAGAACUCAAUAAAAGCUAAUGGGUCAAAGCACAGAGUGCCUCCAUUGUAUCUCACCAUGCUUAAUGAGGCACCCUGGACCCACCAUAAACUUUCUGUUUGUGUCUUGUGUAUUCAUUUUCCCCAUUUGGUCAAUUCCACUUUAGCAGGUACCCCACAAUUCUGGUGUGGGGUUGGUCCCCAACAAGGGUUUAUAAUAAAAUGUUUUGCUUUAUCAUUUGCCAGCAAAUGAUGCAAAAAUAAUACUUAUGAAUACAUGCAAUGUGCAAGACCUGUAGAAAAAUAUCAGAGAACUUAAUGAAGAAAAGGAGCCUUGUCAAAAUUAAUGAGAGCUCACUGUCACAAGUCCAACCUUAGGUGAUACAUGUCAGGAGCAUUUGGGAACUGGAUAAAGUCAGCCAUACUUCUAGUUGCCUUGUCACAGAUUUUUAUAUAUUUUAAAUUGUGACAGUUUCAUUAUGAAUUAAAUUUUAAUAUAGGAGUAAUAUAUUAGUACAAUACAGGAGUAUUCUAAGCCUACCUCGCAUGUAUGAUUACCUCUUGUAUUCCUUUGGCUCUAUGUUUGUGUUAGAAUACUUGAAGAACUUCAAAAUGAAACAAUAUAGUAUAUUGACUUCAUAACUGUAAUUGAAUAUAUUUGGAAUGUUUAAGUUUGUAGUAGUAUCAAGGGUUAUGAAAAUAAUAUAACUCAUGUUUUUAUAAGUCUUUAUUUUUGAAAUAACUUUAGAUUCACAAAAUCUUACUGAAGUAUUUCAGAGUUCCCAAAUGCCCUAAACCCAGCUUUUUCCAAAGAUAACACCUUACAUAACCAUAAUUCAUUAGCAAAUACAGGAAAGUGAAAUUGUAACAGUACUCUUCAUACCCAAUUAAUUUGGGUCUCACCAGUUUUAACAUGCAAGUAUUUGUUUGAUUUAUAUACAGUUUUAAGAAAUUUUAUCACAAAUAUUGGUUCCUGUAACCACAAUCAGUAUUUAGAAUAUUGCAUCAACACAAACUCCCUCAUGCUACUUUUUUAGUCACAUCCUUUCCUCAGUGCUAACCCUUGGCAAUCACAGAUCUGUUCAUUUCUAAUUUUGUCAUUAAUAGAAUGUUAUAAAAUGGAAACAUAGCGCAUGUUCCCUUUUUGAGACUGGCUAUUUGACCUUAAGCACAUUAACCUAAGUUUAUCCAUGUUGUUCUGUGUAUCAGUAGUUGUUUAACUUUAUUGGUGAUUAGUAAUCUAUGAUAUGGAUAUGCCACACAAGAUGGCCAAAGGGAGUACUUUGAAGGUGACUGCAGUGAUAUUCAGCAAUGAGGUAUGUGGCACUUUUUCUAGGACUAGUUCAUGACCAAUUGAUCCAACAUUAUUUAAAAUACUGCCUUUUCUCUAUUAAGUUAAUAGGAAACGAACAUAUGCAAAAAUCAGUUGUGCAUACUUAUGUCUAUUUCUUGACUCUCCAUUUUAUUCUGUUGAUGUAUGU